AUGAAAUCACUGGAGAAUAAACAAUAUGAACUAGUACAAGUAUUGGUUCAAAAUGAGUUCGAUAUCAAACAACACGGAUCAAGAGCAAUUUAUCAAUUUUUAAGCAAAGCUGACAAAGAUACGCCUGACGAAUUUAUAAAUCAGACGGUAGUUUAUCUACUAGAUAGCGGAAGUUUACCAUCGUACAAAGGUCCACUGCUUGACGCUGCGUGUCGAUUCAAUAUACCGACGGUCAUUCGACAUCUGUUAAAAUACAACAGUGUCAGUGAAUCAUGUUUAAUAUAUGCUAUUGAAAGAGAUUGCAAUCUCGACGUCAUUGAUAUUCUUCUAGAGCACAACUGCUGCGUCACUGCUGAUAUUAUAAUCAAAGCGAUUCAGCUCAAUUCGAAAGAAAAUGUUGAGCAUCUCUUGGCUAGGGGUAAUAUAAAUGUUAAUACUAUCGUUCGUGGAAAAACAUUUCUGAUGUAUGCGUGUCAGUAUUCAACUAUCGGUAUGGUUCAACUGUUGGUAGAUUUGGGUGCUAAUGUAUCGGUAAAAGAUACUGAAGGACAAACGCUUCUCCAUUAUGCAGCCCGAUCAAUGCUGAAUGCUGCCGUUACACUGUUUUUGUUGAUGCAAAAAGGCUGGAAUAUUGAUCUAGAUGCCAAAACUAUCGAUGGUUACACAGCUCUUGAUCUGUGUAUCCUGCCUGAUAUUGCCGAAUAUUUAACAAGUUUCAAUGGCCAUUCACUAGAUGUAUUGCGAUCGUUUCGCGACGAUACAUUUUCCUUAGCCUCGGAUAAGUUCACAAUUGAAUCUGACGAAGACGAAAUAGUACUAGUAGCUCAACUGUUGAAUGAAAUCAUACAAAAAAUCGAACAAAUGAACGAUGAGCAAUUCAGCUUUGCGACCUUGCUCGCUUAA